AUGAAUUUUUUUGUUACUUACUUCGCGUCCGUUGAGCGAUUUAGUCGCUCCAUCCAUAUUACCCAGGCCAUCCUUGUUCUCACAGCCUUGAUUGUUGGAUGCGUGCUUCUUGCGGAUGGAUCGAUGCCACGAAGUCGCAGCACUACGCUCAUUCUUGUCUACGCGAUCAAGUCAGCAAUUUUCCUGCUUUAUCAGUACUUGACAAAGAAGACGGAGAGAUUCAGGCGAUUCGCUAGCCUCAAGGCAUACAUGAUCCUUGAUGCGCUAGACUGCUUGCUUUGGUUUACAGCAUUUAUCAUCUCAUGUAUGGGUGGCAGUAGAUGUCGUGGAAAAUCCUGCGUGGUGAUUGGCAUUGCGGCUGCGAUCUCUGUACUUCUUUGUUUGACGUAUGUGCUCACAUCAAGCAUGGCGAUCCGCAACUGGCGCAUUUCCAGGCGUCCUUCGAAGGCUGUAACUAAAUCCCCCUCCGAGGCUUGA